AUGGAACAAAGUUGGCAAUUGAUAAAUGUGAAAUUCCAAUUUUACGAAUACCAACAUUAUUUGGAUAAAAUUGACGGGGUUCUAUCAAAACGUUCUUCAGGUAUUAAAUCUUGUUUAAAAUUAUUAUUACCCGAAAUUCUUCCGAAAAGUGUCAAACAGGUCAUCGUUCUUGAUACAUGUUUGCUGUUAAAUACAGACAUCAAUGAAUUGUGGGAUCAUUUCAGAUAUUUUAAAUCUUCUCACAUUUUAGGAAUGACAAUGGAACAAAAUCCCGAGUUUGAGGUUGUCAUGAAGAGUCUAAUUAGAGGCUGGAGAGGUUAUGGAUAUAAUAGCGGAGUUGUUUUAAUGGACUUAGCUAAAUUACGUUCAGCAGCAUGGAACCAUUUAUGGAUGAGUGCUAUUAAAUUUGUUAUGAAGGCAACGCGUUAUUUGUCAGCUGGGGAACAAGGUGUUAUAAAUUUAAUCAUGUUUAGAAACAAUGAGACAUUUUACAAAAUACCAUGUGAAUGGAACAUACAACUCAGUUCAGGUGUUGAUGUACACAGAUGUCCAGUUAGUUGGUUGGCUGAAAAUUCUCUGUUAAACAACAGGGAUUUAAUGUAUGGGAAACAACCUAAAAUUGUGUACUUAAACCAUCAAGUAAAACCGGAAUAUCUGGACUUGGAAAAUAUAUUAAAUGUUGAUACCAAUGUAUCACUUACGAAUUAUAAUGCUAACUUACUCUACAUGGUGUAUCUUAAAGAAUAUUUUAAAUAUCGACAUAUCAGUCAAAAAUGUUUCUAUUAA